GUGAUGACAUUCAGGAAAUUGUGAGACAGACGCGAGGAGGAGAAGAACAAGAAGGGGGGACCCGGACGACGCUGAAGGGCCACAGCCUCCCGGAGCCCAGACCCCGCCACAGAAGAUGGACUAAAAACCGUGACCUAGGACAAAGGACCGCGCUCCCCGGGAGAAGAGCACAAUGCAGGCCGGGAUAUUCAAGGUGUGCCUGGUGGUGGUGACCGCAAUUGUCAACCAUCCGCUCCUCUUCCCAAAUAACUACACCUCCAUUCCUGCUAAUGACGACCUUAUUAUGGAGAAAUUACGGGAGAGAGAAGAAAACUUGAAAAAACAGCAGCUGGAACUUGAGCAACUUUUAUCCCGUCAGGAGGAACCAGCAGAAGAUGACAACAAGACCGAAAGCCAGGAGUCAAAAGGUGGAUCAGGGUGGGACUUCUGGAGUACAGUGUCUAUGGUCAUAUUCCUGAUGAUUGAAGUGUGGAGACAAGACUUUAAGGACAACAACUCCCAUGAGCAAAGCAAAGAGGAGGAUGAUCUGCUGUUCCUAGGAAACAACUGUCAUGGUGUGUCUCUUCCCAACAAGCCAAUGCUGACCAUCUUUCAUGACCAGUACAUCAGAGCAAGCACCCACGAUGCUGUGAGAAGCAGAGAGUUUGUGGAAGGAUUUGCAGAUGACCUCUUGGAGGCAUUGAAAAGUGUCUGCAACCGGGAUGCCGACAUGGAGGUUGAUGACAGUAUCUGCAUUGGGAGUAUGUAUGAAAACUGGAGGGUGAACCGGCCAUUGAUAUGUGACCUACUGGUACCAUUUGCACCUCCAGAACCAUAUCACUUCAGGUGCCAGCCAUGGGUCUCUGAUCCAUCCAUUGGUCCAGACAAACAAAGUUAUGGAACAAUUCUAGUCUGCGGCCCAGACGAUGAAUCUUGCGGCUGUGUGUGUGACAAGAAGAGACUUGGAGAAGAAAUGUUAUGUCUUCUUCACAAUCCGACCAACAGUAAAAAAGUCAGUAAGGAUUUCAACUUGCUCUGUUCCAGAAACACCAACUACCUGGACAUUGACCAGGUGAUGAAAUGGUUCCAAACAGCCGUGACUAAAGCAUGGAGCAAGAUUUCACGCAAGUAUGAGUUUGAGCUCACCUUCAGUCACUUGGACUCUCCUGGAGCUUUGAGAGUCAAAUUCAAGUCUGGAAAAGUCAUCAGCUUCAACAUCACUCCUGUGGUUCAGUAUGAGGACACAGACCUGUAUUUUAUUUCCCAUUUUCCAAGCACACCUCGUGAAGUCUCCUCCAGUAUCUAUUGGAUGUUGUCCUUCUCAGUCUAUGAGAGAAGGUUCCUCAAGGACUUUGCAAAAAACCUACCUGGCAAUUCGUGCCACCUCAGCUGCCUACAAAUAAUUACUUUUCUCCACUCCAAGCAGUGUCACAUAACUGGACCAAGCGGUCUCACCACGUACCAUCUAAAGACAGUCCUUAUGCAUCUGCUUCUUAGUAGGCCCUAUUCAGAUUGGGACAGUGUCUUGCUAGAGGAGCGGUUACGAGACAUGUUCAAGAGCUUGGAGAAAAGUCUCCUGGAGAAGAAACUCUACCACUUCAUGGUUGGAAAUGGCAAACUUCCAGACACCGUGAAACUCCCCCAACACUUUCGAGUUUCAGAACCUGUUAAUCUCUUCAGGUUCUUUGUCCUAAACAGAGACCUUUAUCAGAAGACUUUAUCCAUGUUCUAUGAGAUGCUGAAGAAUGCGACUGUUGUUAUCAAUGAAUACAGCUUACACCUGCCCAAUGGGACCACCAACAAGUCUUCUUAUUGACCAGAUUUCCAGCCUUCAACCACAACAGUGUUUUGUGACUUCACUUAAGACAUCUUAAGAGUUAAAUGACUAUUUUAUAAUAAAGAAUUCAGUUUUUACAAUUAAACCAUGCCCACCACGUCAACGCCAAGCUGCCAUUGGCUACCAUAGUUAUUUUAGAAGCCCUUGUUAUUGCAGAGAUCUGAUUAUUAUAUCAUACAUUUAUUUCCCUUAUAGGUGCCAAAUAUUGAACUGUUUUAUGUAUUCAUAUUCCAUCCACAGCUAUGUACAAGAAGGUUACAGAUAGAUCUGUGAUUUUGAAUUAAUGUCCAUCUACAUUGUUAUUUAUUUCUUCUUAUUAGUCUGGUGCCAUUUGCAUAAAAGCGUAAUGACAAAACCUGUGAGGUGUUUGCUUUAUAAUUCCAGGAAUCUAGCCCACAAUAGGCUGGUCAACGGGAAACGUUUACCAUAGGUACAUAGAUGACUUCACUGAUCUACCAGUAGUCAGCGUGACCCAUUCAUAGUGGAUUGUCCCACGAAUCUGGAAGCCAAUUAUGGUGCCGGAAAACCAGUUGGGGGCGACUCCAUGUCUUUUGCAACACUGACAAGUUAAACGUUUGUAUUGCAAAGUCUUGGCUUCUUUCUUUGAAAGUAGAAAUGGUUUCUGGUCAAAGAUCUCUAAUCCUAUAUCACACAUGUAAAAAGUGAUCUGUCCCCUUAAGCAAAAGAACUGGUUGUACAAAAACAAUGCUAAAUAAGAUAUUAUUUCCUCUGAAAACCUAUUCCAUCAUGUCCAUAUGUCCUACUAGGGUUUAUACACAGUUGUGACGCACUUGGGAUCCCACUCUGCUGCAGAACUUAAAAAGGACCUGUCACCAAAAAAAGCAAUCAUGUUGUAGAGCAGGAGAAGCCGAGCCGAUUGAUACA